GACAAAUUAUCCUCGAAUUACUUGAGUGAUCGAGGAGAACCGCUGCAAGCGGUACAGCUGACAAACAGCAGUAGUAGUACAACGGUGCCAACAACUGCCUACCGUCAGCUUAUCUUUGGCGAAGCAUUUCACAGCAGCGAACCGGAAAUUACACGUUACUAUCGUCAUCACAAGCUUAUUCGCUAUCAAGACAAUGUAAAACUCUGGCAUUUUUACUGCAGGUAUUCGGUGCUAAAUCAGCUCAUUCCACUAAUUAUCAAAGAUUCACGAGAGGGCAAAAAAUUACGUGGAUAUGGUGGCUCAAAAAUAGCAUUCCUGGAAAAGAAUGGCGCUCACGACAGUAUAUGCUUUUGUGACGAAAAAUGUAUUGCAUUCGGUGACUGUUGCACCGAUUACACUUUCGUGUGUCCACCUUCUGAUUGCUUCGUAACGGAAUGGUCGAUGUGGUCGUCUUGCCUUCCGGAUCGCGAAGCUUGUGGAAUUGGGAUCAGGACUCGAAAACGGACGAUAUUAAGAAAAGCGGAACGUGGAGGGAAGGAAUGUCCACCACUUGUUGAGAAAAUGAGUUGUUUUAAGGAGUGCCAAGAACAACAACAACAGCGUGGUAUGUUUUCUUUUUGGUACAAAAUCAAAAACUCAUAG